AUGGGCUUCUUGCACUUGAAUACCAGUAAUGACAUUUUGCACAGUUGCGCGGCACACGACCUCACAGAUUUUAAAAACACCAUUUUCUACAACCUCACCGACUCCUACGUCGCCCAGUUCAACCACACCACCACCUUGCUCACCUCCAUCAUCAUGUUCGUCCUCGCAGCGCUCUUCUUCAACCUCAACCUCUUCAGUAGGCUCUCCGACGUCAGCGCCAUCCUCGACCCCAGCGUCCGCCUCUUCAUCACCUCCGCGCUCUCCCUCUUCCUCCCCGUCAUGUCCUACCUCUUCUCCGAGGCCAGGAACGCCACCGGCGGUGCCCGCUCCAAGUUCACCGACGAGUUGCCCCUGCGAGCCCGGCUCAUCCUCAUCUGGAUGCUCCUUGUGGAGCUCCUCCGCAAGAAGGCCGAGGAGAUCCACAUGCAGGGUUACUCCGGCACCAUGGACCGUGUGGGGCGUGUCCUCUUGCUGGGGAGCUUUGUCUUCUUCCACCUGCAUGAUGCUGGCAAGCGGUCCAUGCUGGGCAUCCUCUGGCUUCUCUGUGCCACAAGGCUUGUACAGAGGAUCGUCUUCACCGAGGUCGGGAAACGCUCCCUUGCCUACGGUGUAGGCAAGAAUGCUCGGCUCAUCACCUCCUACAUGGCUCAAGUGCUCGAAGAAGAUCAAAUGGAGCACCGUCACCAUUGCCUGGAUGGAGACGAGCUACUCAGGGGGUGCAAGUACGCGGUGAUGGAAGAAGAGAAUCUGGUGGUUCAGGCCAGCCCGGAUGGCUACCGCCUAACCAGCGACGCCGCCGCCGUCACCGUGGGCAAGAUCUGGGGGCUUGCCGAGAUCUCUUCCCUGGACGGAGAUAAACGUCUGAGGCAGCUCUGCCUCUCCUUUGCACUCUUCAAGCUGCUGCGCCGGAGGUUCGAGCGCCUGCCGGCAAUGACCGCGGCGGAGACCCGCAGCUACCGGGAACUCAUCUUCAAAGGUAUGCGCAGCAACAUAGAGAAAGAGACAGCAGAGGCAAACACGGGCAUGGCGGAGGCCCUGUUCCGGCUGACCAACGACGAGCUCAGCUUCCUAUGCGAGUAUUACCACCCGGUUGUCCCCGUCGUCCUGGCAAGUCCCUUCUUCCUGCUCGCCAACUACUUGCUGCUCCCGCUGCUCAUCUUGGUCCUCUGCCUCGUACUCAUCGUCCUCUGCACCAACGGCGACGUCGGCUACGCCCGGGACAGCAUCAAGGACGACAACUACUUUACUUUCUUCAGCGUAACGUACCACUAUGAUGACCGGGUGCCUGCCUAA